AAAAACAAAAGAAGAAGAGGCGGAAGUUGUAGGAGUCAGUCGGCGUGUGUCAGCGGGGAAGAUCCAGGUCAGUGCCGUGGGAUUGAACCUGUAGACCCUGAAGCAGUAUGGCCAGUGUCGAGCAGGUGGCAGCAGUUGGACAGGUGGCAGCAGUUGGACAAGUUUUGGUGGACCCAGGAGUGGACCUGACCCGGCGGUUCAGAGCCCUAUUCACCCUGAAGAACCUGGGAGGUGCUGAAGCUAUAGAGUGGAUCAGUAUGGCCUUCACUGAUGAGUCUGCCCUACUGAAGCACGAGCUGGCCUACUGCCUGGGACAGAUGCAGGACAGACGGGCCAUACCCUCACUGACUGCUGUACUCAAAGAUACACAGCAGGAGCCAAUGGUCAGGCAUGAAGCAGGGGAGGCUCUGGGAGCAAUUGGUGAUCCUACGGUUCUGGACUUACUGAAAGAGUACAGUCAGGAUCCUGUGAUAGAGGUUGCAGAGACGUGUCAGUUGGCUGUUCGUCGUUUGGAGUGGCUGCAGAGUGAAGGAGGGAAACAGUCGGAUGGUGAAAAUACAGAUAAGAACCCCUACUGCUCUGUAGACCCAGCCCCUCCAGCAGCAAAGAAGUCUGUGUCAGAGCUGCACUCCAGCCUGUUGGAUGAGAGUCUGCCACUCUUUGAACGCUACCGUGCGAUGUUUGCCCUGCGUAACCUGGGCAACGAAGAGGCUGUGCUGGCACUUGGAGACGGCCUACAAUGUUCCAGUGCUCUGUUCCGUCAUGAGAUUGGCUACGUCCUGGGUCAGAUGCAGCACCCAGCAGCCGUCCCAGCUUUGUGCACAGCUCUGGAACGUUCAGGCGAGAAUCCCAUGGUCCGACACGAAGCGGCAGAGGCUCUCGGGUCCAUCGGCAAAGAGGAGUGUCUGGCUGUGCUGCAGCGUUACCGCGGAGACAGGGAACGUGUUGUCAAGGAGAGUUGUGAGGUCGCUCUGGAUAUGCUGGAGUAUGAAAACAGUGACCAGUUCCAGUAUGCAGAUGGCCUAGUCAGGUUACAGGGUUAAAAGUAAACCGAAGUAGCUUUCACUCAGAUCUUUCUAUUCCCUGUACUAUUGUACUACAUUAUACAGCAGACACAGCUGGGACUCUCUGGGAUGGAGCUUUACAGUUUGUAUUCAGCACAUAAAAUCAAAAAUGAAACCGUUAAAGCUUGAACAACAAGACUUUGUGAGCUGCAGUGAGCUCUUAGGUUUGGGCUGUGUGGGUGUUGCUGUAUAGGGGGACCAGGAGGAGCAGAGUCCUUUUGUAUUCUUCCCUCCUCCAUGACACCAGUGCAUUCAUUAUUUGCUUUUUUCUCCCUACAGCCAAUGACAACAGAAAGUAACUAACUGUACAUCAAAUCUUUGUUUGUGGAGAAUGCAGUAACUCAGGACUGAUUUCACAAUUUACCUGGAAGUGUAUUUUCAUAUUUUUGUCCAGGCCACAUACUUCUGUUCUGCUAUCAUUUAGAGUAUAGAUAAAACUACAACACCUCCACUUUGCUCACGCUGUCUGGUCACCUUUUGUUUGGAAGUUGUAGGUAGGCCCUACUGACCAAUGUGAUGGUUUCAACUUUCCUUUGCAGAAUUAUUUCUAUGUUCACUAUACUGAUUCUAAAUUUAAGCAUUGUUUCUGAUCCAGGCUGCACCACAGUUUAGUAGGCCUGAUGUUCAUCUGCUCUAACUAAUUACAAUACAAACUAAAUACAAUACAAUAUUUUGGGAUGCACACAGCUCUCAUUGUAGGGAAAACUGUAAAUCUGUAAUCUGCUACAGAUUAACAGAGAAAUUGUAGUACGACCUCAAUCACCCAUGCUCCUCUGGUUGCUUUUUGACUAGAUUUCUGUAGAAAACCAUUUUAAUCAGUUUUAUCAUUUACAGCCAGGUGUGUACUGUAUUGUGUAAAAUUAAAACUGCUGUAUACAUUUA